GGCAUCCUGGGGGACAUGGAGAAGGCCCUGAGCAGGCAGACGGACCCCUCUCCCACUGUCCGGAUGCUGCCUACCUAUGUUCGAUCCACUCCACAUGGCACUGAGCAGGGCAAUUUCCUGGUGCUGGAGCUAGGAGCCUCAGGAGCCACUUUGCGGGUACUGUGGGUGACGCUCACGGGCACCAAUGGUCCAAGAAAAGAACCAAUAAGCCGGGAGUUCACUAUCCCCACAGAAAUCAUGCUUGGCACUGGUCAACAGCUCUUUGACUUUGCUGCUAGCUGCUUGGUGGAAUUCUUGAACCAGCUGAAGGUGGGAUCUCAGCACAUCCAGCUGGGGUUCAACUUCUCCUUCCCCUGUCACCAGACGGGCCUUGACCGGAGCACACUUAUUUCCUGGACCAAAGGCUUCCAGUGCAGUGGCGUGGAAGGCCAGGAUGUGGUACAGCUGCUGAGAGAGGCCAUCCAGAGGCAGGGGGGCUACAGCAUCGAUGUGGUGGCUGUCGUGAACGACACGGUGGGCACCAUGAUGAGCUGUGAUCCCAGGCCCCAGGCUUGCGAGAUUGGGCUCGUUGUAGACACGGGCACCAACGCGUGCUACAUGGAGGAGGCCAGGCACGUAGGAGAGCUGGGGGAAGACCAGGGCCGGGUCUGCGUCAACGUGCAGUGGGGUUCCUUUGGAGACAGCGGGGCCUUGGAACCUGUGCAGACGCCCUUUGACCUCCUGCUGGACCGCGAAUCCUUGAACCCUGGGACUCAAAGGUUUGAGAAGAUGGUUGGGGGUCUGUACCUGGGGGAACUCGUCCGCUUGGUGCUGACACACUUGGCCGGUCAGAGGGCCCUCUUCGAUGGCGCCACGUCCCCCGCCCUGCUCACCCGUGGCUCUGUGCCCAUAGAGCGUGUGAUGGAGAUGGAGGAUCCCUCCCAGGGCAGGGCUCGGGCCCAAGCUGUGCUACAGGGGCUGGGCCUGAACCCCAGCAGCCAGGACUGCCAGUGGGUACAGCAGGUGUGUGGGGCUGUGUGUGCCCGGGCUGCCCGCCUCUGUGCCGCUGCCCUCGUCGCCAUCCUUGCCCGAGUGGAGCACAACCAGGAGAGAUCCCAGCCGGGCAUAGCCGUGGCGACAGGGGGCCACAUUUAUGAGCAGCAUCCCAGGUUCAGCACCAUCCUGCAGCAGACGGUGAAGCUCCUGGCUCCGGAUUCUGACGUCACCUUUGUCCCCUCAGAGGAUGGGAGGGGCUGGGGGGUGGCUGUGGUGACAGCCGUGGCCUCUCGCCUGGCAUUACAUCGGCGUCGGCUGGAGGAGACCCUGGCACCCUUCCGCCUCAACAUUCAGCAGCUGAAGGCCGUGCAGGUCCAAAUGCGAGAGGCCAUGGUGCGGGGGCUCCGGGGAGAGGCCUCCUCCCUCCCCAUGCUGCCCACCUAUGUCUGCUCUACGCCCGAUGGCACCGAAAGGGGAGACUUCCUGGCUCUGGACCUUGGGGGCACUAACUUCCGGGUACUCUUGGUGAAGGUGGGCAGUAAAAGCGAAGGAGGCGUCAAGAUCACCAACCAGGUCUUCUCCAUCCCCGAGAGUGUGACCCAGGGGACUGGGCAGCAGCUCUUUGACCACAUUGUAGAUUGCAUAGUGGACUUCCAGAAGGAGCAUGGCCUGAGUGGGCGGAUUCUGCCCCUGGGUUUCACCUUCUCCUUCCCCUGCAAACAGCUUGGCUUGGAUCAGGGUAUCCUCUUGAACUGGACCAAGGGCUUUAAGGCAUCAGACUGUGAGGGCCAGGAUGUCGUGGCCCUGCUUCGAGCUGCCAUCAGACGCAGAAAAGGAGUGGAGCUGAAUGUGGUGGCCAUUGUCAACGACACAGUGGGGACCAUGAUGUCCUGUGGGUACGAGGACCCCCGCUGCGAGGUCGGCCUCAUUGUAGGAACUGGGACCAAUGCCUGUUACAUGGAGGAGGUGUGCAACGUGUCUUCGGUGCCUGGGGACCAAGGCCGCAUGUGUAUCAACAUGGAGUGGGGUGCCUUCGGGGAGGAAGGCUUGCUGAAAGAGCUCUGUACACCCUUCGACAUUAACGUGGAUAAAUCCACCAUCAACCCGGGCAAGCAGAGGUUUGAAAAGCUGAUAAGUGGCAUGUAUCUGGGGGAGAUCGUGCGCCAGGUCCUCUUGCAGCUGACCCACCUCGGGGUCCUGUUCGGUGGCGAGGUGUCCCAGUGCCUUCAGACCAAGGAUAUUUUCAAGACCAAGUUCCUGUCUGAGAUCGAAAGCGACGGCCUGGAGAGGCGGCAGGUCCGGGCUAUCCUGGGCACGCUGGGGCUGCGGGUGAACUGUGACGACGCCCUGAUGGUCCGGGAGGUGUGUCAGGCCGUGUCCCAGCGGGCCGCGGGGCUCUGCGGGGCUGGCGUGGCUGCUGUGGUGGAGAAGAUUCGGGAGAACCGAGGUCUGGAGGAGCUGAGUGUGGCAGUGGGGGUGGACGGCACCCUCUACAAGCUGCACCCCCACUUCUCAGAGCAGGUGAAAGACACAGUGCAACGCCUGGCACCGCGGUGUUCCGUCACAUUCCUGCAGUCGGAGGACGGUUCUGGGAAAGGGGCCGCCCUGGUCACCGCAGUUGCUUGCCGUCUGGCGGGAGCCCCUUAGGCUUGCUGAGGGGAUCCGCCCACAGGUCCUACCCCCCUGGAGACUCCUCCCCUCCCCACUGGUGGGCCUUGCCCCACGGAGGAGAGACCUUUUAGCAAUAUAUAUCAUUUAUUUACAUUAUUCACGUCCGCUAAAAUCCCUACACGCCCAGCCGGGCAAGGCUGUAUGUACAUAAGGCCAAGUGUAAGUACUUGAAUGCACUUUGAAUACAGAAUUAGAAAAAAGAAACGGUCUUUACACAACACGCCCUGGGGGUGGGGCGGGACAGGGGAGGGCUGGGCCUGCCCCGGCUCCAGGGACUGACACACUACAGCACAGACACUCGCCAAUGUACAACGCAUGACUCCCUUUGCAUAUACACCCGCCCCGCAGGGCCUGAGGAGGGGGAGGGGCG